UCUGUAGCCACCGAUAUUCUCUCUCCUCCUCACUGCUCUUAUCAUCAUUAUCACUUUCUCCUUUUUUUCCUCUAUUGUCUCCAUCACUCUUUAUCAUCUUCCACUUGUGAUAUUUCUCCUUAUACUUCUUGUUUUCUUUACUACUAAUACCAACAACAACAACAACAACUCUUUACUUUUUUUUUUUUUUUUUCAUAAAGGAAUCGUCUUUUCUUUCUUUUUUUUCAUUUUUGUUGUUAAUCUUAAUAAUAAUAUUCCAUCUUUCAAAAUUUCAAAAAUUAAUUCUAGUUCUUUUAAUAUAAUCUCCAUCGAUUAAACCUAACAAUUUAUCUCUCUCUUACAGAUCUUUCAUCAGGGAAUAAGAAAUAAUGGAUCACGAUGAGACCGGAUGCCAAACACCAGACCGCCCAGUUCUAUGCGUUAACAAUUGUGGGUUCUUCGGACGUGCAGGAACCAGGAAUAUGUGUUCCAAAUGUCACCGAGAAACGGUCCUGAAGGAGGAACAAACAAGGCUUGCAGCCUCUUCUUUUGAUAACAUCGUGAACGGGACCUCCAAGGGGAAAGAAGCUGCUGCUGCUGCUUCUGUUGAUUUGAAGUCGGAAGUAGUUGUGACAAAAAGCGUAAAUGUUAAAGUAUCCUGUGAUUCAGGCGUUGAACAACCCUCUGAGGCCAAGAAAGCAGGUCCAACUAGAUGCAUGACUUGCCGUAAGCGGGUUGGUUUGACUGGCUUUAGCUGUAGGUGCGGAAACAUGUUCUGUUCCACUCACCGGUACUCUGACAAGCAUGAUUGUCCCUUCGAUUAUCAGGCCGCUGCUCAGAGUGCUAUAGCUAAAGCCAAUCCAAUUAUCAAGCCAGACAAGCUCGAUAAGAUAUAAUAGAAGCAUUAUGGCAAGUUACCAGUUUCUUUUUCAAUGUUUCUUGCUUUUUAGUAUUGCUGCUUCCCUUGUUAGAAACCCUUAUGUCUAUAAAUGUACGAGGUCCCAUGGCAAGGGGCAGUCACAGUCUGGUGCAUUCACCUUGUUGGUCAACAGGGGUGGCCACAUCUGCACCAGUUGUAAGUACUUAUUUGCUGGUUUGUGGCACUUUGAUAAUCAAUUUGCGGAGUUUGCGUAUUUUCUUUA